GAGAGGAAACCAGUCCACUCAGCACGCAAUCAGCUGUCAUACGCUUUGCCUGAGUCUGCCUGGGGACCUGCCAGCCGCCACGCCCGUGAUAGCCUCGCAAGACUCCACCAAGGCUCACAAGGACCACUGGGUCACCGCGGCGCAAACAACAAGAGGCGUGGAGAGGGAACAUCAACACUACAACCAUACGAAGCCAACCUCGUGAGUCAUGAAGUUGUGGUGAGAGAGCAAAGCGUUCCUGAGUGCUUGCGUGCGUCAGCCGUGCCCCGUGAUCAGGAUCAAGGCGAGGGGUCGAGGUGUGCUCGUUGCUCGGCCCGUAUAAACAGAGGAGAACGGCUCAGCUUCAUUCCUCCCUCCCCCUCUCACUGCCCUCUUCCUCUCACCAUGGCGGAAAUAGACCAUGUCAUCGCCCAAUGGAUAUCCUACUACCUUCCCUACCUACUGGCGUCCCUUCUGCUGCUGUGGGUCCUCAAAAUGAAGGGCAGCGAUCUCAGACACAGAUGGUUUGCCUUCCUCAUGCACUACAUCAACAAGGAUAUGGACCCCAAGAUAGAAGAGCUCAAGAAGGACUUUUUCUCCAGCCUCAGCAGCAUCACAUCCCAUGACCCUGAACUUCGGAAGAAGAAAGGAAUCAAGAUACUGGAGAUUGGCGUUGGUACAGGCGUCAACUUCCAGUACUACCCAGAUGGAAGCCACCUCAUUGUGGUGGACCCAAACCCUCACUUUGCAAAGUACUACGAUGAAAACAGAAAGAAGUUCCCAAACAUUCACUCGGAGGAGAUUCUUAUUACCACAGGGGAGGAGAUGACAGGUGUGGCAGACAGCAGCGUGGAUGUGGUGGUGGUGACACUGGUGUUGUGUAGCGUUGGCGAUGCACACCAGAUCCUGAAAAACGUUGUGCGGGUUCUUGUCCCUGGUGGCAAGCUGUACAUUCUGGAGCACAUCAAGGAGUUUAACCCAGACAAGUACUGGAUAAGAAGUGUCCUGCAAGAGUUCUUGUCUGUCAGCGGCAUCUGGCCCUUCCUGUUUGACGGCUGCUGCCUCAACCGUGACUUCCAUUCCGCCCUGGACUCUGCUGGGUUCUCUAAGGUUGAGGCUGAGAAGUUCUAUGCGCCCCUCACCAAGCUGCUCUUCCUGAUGAUCAAGCCUCAUUUAAAAGCCAUUGCUGUCAAAUAGAGGGUUUUAGAAUGGACUAAGCUGUAUUUGUAAGGCAGUUCUUGCAAGGUAGAUGCUUUGAGUAUUAGAGACUUGGCUUGUCUUCAAUGCAUCAGGUUUUGUUAAGGUGUUGAUGUAUGAAAUGUGUGUGUGUGUGUGUGUGUGUGUGUGUGUGUGUGUGUGUGUGUGUGUGUGUUUUGCUUUCUUCAGUUUAAGUCAUGUGAUGGAGGUGUCAUGAAAUGCAGUGCUUGUGAAUUUACAGAGAUUUCUUUGUUAUAUGUGUCUACAGCUGCUUGUCAGGGUAUUAAAUCUUGUUAGGGGUAUUAUAAUGCAGUCUAUGUGGUUAUUUUCAUGUGAUGGAGGUGUCAUGAAGUGCAGUGCUUGAAAACUUUGAGGGAUUUCUAUACGUGUCUGGAGUUGUUUGUCAGGGUAUCUGGUUUAGCUUAAGGAUGUAACAAUAGCAGUCUGUGUGGUUAUAAGGGCAUAGGAAAGUAAGGGAAGCUACAGGAAGUUGUCCGAUUGAUAUGUGGCGGGCCUUUGUGUGUGAGGAGAUGCUUUUUCAGGUUAGUGAUUGUUGCUAGAGGAGUUAGAAUGAAAAUUAUGCUGUUAUUUGAAUGAGGAAUCACUUUUUCAGGUUACUAAUUGUUUGAUAAGUUAGAAUGGAAAUUGUGCUAUUGUAUGGGUGAACAAUUGCAUUUUCAAUUUAAUAAUUGUUGCUAGAGGAGUCAGAAUGAAAGUUGUGCUGUUAUUUGAAUGAGGAGUCUUUUUCAGGUUAAUAAGUCUUGGUAGAAGAGUUAGAAUGAAAAUUUUGUUCUUGUUUGUGUGAGCAGUUGCAUUUUCAGAUUAAUAAUUGUUACUAGAGGAGUUAGAAUGAAAAUUGUGCUGUUGUAUACAGUACUAGUCAUAAGUAUUGGACCCCCCCGGCCUGGGAGCAGAUACUUACGGUGAAGAGAGCAUGGUCCUCUUGAGAGUGAACCAUUUUAGCCUAAAGUAUUAACCCCUGCCCAGACAUUACUGCAUCCCUCAGCUUCAUGCCACUCAUACCCUCUCCUCAGUGUGCCUUGGGGUGUGUUGGAGAGCAGUAACCUGCAACAACUUUUUCCGCAUCUUGGCAUAUAAUUUCGCAAUAUUAUCUUGUAGUAAUUUAUUCUGUUUGCUAAUAUGACUAAAUCAAAAGAUUAUUCAUCAGAGACUAUUGUGCAGAUCAUGGAUCUCAAGGAAACAGGUCAUCCAGUUAGAGAAAUAACUGAAGAGUUGGCAGUAUCAAGGACAAGUCAAGCAUUGGUCACAGCAGUUCAGGGAGGAAGGGAAUAGUGAUAUGCCUGAUACUCAAAAAUGGUCUGGCCCCCCCAGAGGGCUGUUACUGUCUUUAAGCAUUUGGUGGUAUUGACAUCAGACUCCACUGCACAUGUUGAAACAGUAACAACCCUCUUAUUUGUUUUCCAGGGGUUCCCAGACAGUUUUUUAGGGUUGAGGCAUGUCGCUAUUACCUUCCUCCCUGAGCUGCCGUGACCAACGUUUGACUUGUCCUGGAUGCUGCCAACUGCUCAGUUGUUUCUCUCACUGAAUGAUCUGGUUCCUUGAGGCUCACCAUCUGUGCAAUAGUAUCAGAUGAAUAAUACUCUUGUUUUAGGCACAUUGGCAAACAGAAUGAAAACCAAAUGUUAUUGCUCAGUAAUAUGCCAGAAUGUGGAAAAAGUUGUGGCAGGUUACUGCUCUCCAACAAACCCCAAGGCAUGCUGAGGGAAGGCUAUCAGUGGUGUGAAGCUGAGGGAUGCAGUGACAUCCUGCAACCAGAGGGUCCAAUAUUUAUGACUAGUGCUGUAAGUGAGGAGUUGCAUUUUCAGGUUGUAUAAUUAUUAGUCUUGGUAGAGGAGUUAGAAUGGAAACUGCACUCUUAUAUGGGUGUACAAUUGCAUUUACAGGUUAAUAAUUCUUGCUAGAUGAGUUAGAGUGAAAAUUAUGCUGUUCUUUGAAUGAGGAGAUGCUUUUUCAGGUCUUGGUAGAGAAGUUAGAAUGAAAAUUGUGCUGUUGUAUAUCUGAACAAUUGCUUUUUCAGGUUAAUGAGCCUUGUUAGAGGAGUUAGAAUGGAAAUUGUGCUGUUAUUUCAAUGAAGAAUUGCUUUUUCAGGUUAAUAAGUCUUGGUAGAGGGAUUAAAAUUAAAAUUGCGCUCGUGUGUGUGUGUGUGUGAGAGCAACUGUAUUUUUUCAGUUAGUCUAAGUGAGAAUGUCAUGCUGUGAAAGAUGCAGCUGUGAGUGAAUGAAGCAAGUGGUGGAGUGUUGAGUGUCAUCCCAUGUACUAUGAUGACAGUGCCAGUGCCUUAUGGAUUUCAGUGUCAUGGGUCAACAGUAUUCCUGCCCGUUAUGCAACCCAUCACAGGCUACCGUACAACAUGCAUGACACUCCCACAGUCUUGUGUCGGCCCUCUGCUGUCUGACCUGACCUGGUGGUGGUGACUGCUAAUUCACUCACCACUAACCUGUACUAGCUUAUGUAUUGACAUGGUCUUCCUGGGAUGACCUUUGUAUCUGUACUCUGCUCAAUGUAUGCUGGGUGUCUUUUGCUAAGCCUCUAUUCAACUUUACUGCCUGUCUGUAUACCUCACUGUGUCUCUUACUGUCUAUCUGUAUACCUCACUGUGUCUCUCGUAACUCAUUCACUGCUAUUUCAUACAUCAUUCCUAAGAUGGUUAUUUUUUAAUCCUUGUAUCUGUACUCUGCUCAAUGUAUGCUGUGUGUCUUUUGCUGGAUCUACUAAGCUUCUUUUAAUCUUCACUGCCUGACUAAGUACCUCACUGUUUAUAUCUUAACUCAUUCACUAUUUUGUGCAUCAUUCCUUCAUCACAAACCACUGUGAUGCAAAACAUUUAGCAGCACCAGAAGCAAUGUAUUUAGUCUUCAUAAGCAUCUAAAAGUAAGCAAGCAAUGGAAAAGAAUAGAUUUAACAAUUUCUACCCAGUUUAAAGAUUAGAUGUCUCACAGUGAUUGGUAAUGGAGAUGUACCAGUAGCAGUCACAGGGUUAACCUUGUCACAUCUAAACAUUGCAGUGAUUAAAUAUUGGAGAAUCUA